AUGGCGGAGAACAAAACAGCUGCUGUCCUUGUUGUUGGUCUUGCCGGCUCUGGAAAGUCCACCUUAAUGAAUGCUCUCAAUCAAUACACAUACGAUAACAAGAAAAUGACUUACUACGUAAAUUUAGAUCCCGCAACAGCUGAUGUUGAUUUCUCUGCCAAUGUUGAUAUCAGAGAUACAGUUAAAUACGGUGAAGUUAUGCAAAAAUUCAAUCUUGGACCAAAUGGCGCCAUUCUUACUUCUCUAAAUUUAUUCUCUACAAAAUUCCAUGAAGUUGUUUCAUUAAUCCAAAAGCGCAAAGACUUAGAAUACGCCAUUUUCGAUACACCCGGACAGAUAGAAGCCUUCGCUUGGUCAGCAUCUGGCGGAAUGAUCACUCAAGAGCUUGCUGCUGCAUUUCCAACAGUUGUAGUUUUUGUUGUUGAUGUUCCACGUUGCACAAAGACACCAACAUUCAUAUCUACAAUGCUUUAUGCUUGCUCAAUUUUGUAUAGAUCCGGAUUACCUAUGGUUAUGGCUCUUACAAAGACAGAUGUCAAGCCAGCACAAGAAAUUAUUGACUGGAUGACAGAUGAAGACAAGUUUAAUGCUGCAAUCGAUUCAGAAAACGAUGGAUCUUACUUUACAGACUUCAACAGAGCUACAGGAUCAAUUUUCAGCGAGUUCUAUAACGCUAUACCUGUUAUUCCAGUUUCUGGUCGCACUGGAGAAGGAGUUAAAGAGUUAUUAGCUAAAAUUGAUGAAUUAAAGAAUAAACCAAGAAUGGAACCAAUUCAUGAUAAGGAGCAAGCCGAAGAAUAG